AUGGCUGAACCACGCGAAAGAACUUUCAUCAUGGUCAAACCAGACGGCGUACAAAGAGGACUCGUCGGCCAAAUUAUUGAAAGGUUCGAAAAGAAAGGUUUUAAGCUUGUAGGUCUUAAGUUUGUGUGGCCAUCUGAAGAGCUUUUACAGAAGCACUACAGCGACCUGGCAUCGCGACCAUUCUUCCCUGGUCUUGUGAAAUACAUGAGUUCCGGGCCUGUUGUACCCAUGGUAUGGGAAGGACUCAACGUAGUGAAGACCGGUCGUCAAAUGCUCGGAGCAACAAACCCAGCCGACUCUUUACCCGGUACCAUUCGUGGAGAUCUGUGCAUCGAAGUCGGACGUAACAUUAUCCACGGCUCUGACAGUGUUGACUCAGCUAACAAGGAAAUCAAUCUCUGGUUCACUGAAAAGGAACUCGUUGGAUGGAGCCCUGCUGCCGAAAACUGGAUCUAUGAAUAA